AUCAUUCAAACGUCGACUAAGCAAUCGGAAACAUCAUACGAUGAGCAUAUUCUUUACCGGUCUACUGCUAUACAAUGUAUUUGCGAACGCGGUAUCGCUUAACCUCGAGUUUUUAGAUCCAGUUAAAUUACAAACGAAGACAUCGCCGAAGGUGCAAGAAGAUGCCGCUUAUAGUAUUAUUAGUAAGUACAUUGAACAAGUGAGAAUCGUCGUCAAUCCGGUUAUGUUUCACGCUCACAAAGACGUGUUCUCUCUACGCACUAUCGAUGGGACGCUGCAAAUACGAGCGAGUACAGGUGUGGCAGCGGUAUGGGGUUUCAACUACUACCUCAAAAAAUAUUGCAAGAGUCAAAUCGCAUGGCAAGUUCAGAGGGUUUCAAUACCCAACCCACUGCCCGAGGUGGAUGAAACUGUGAUAGCAAACGACAGGUUUCGAUACUACCAAAACGUUUGCACAGCAUCUUACAGUUUCGUUUGGUGGAACGAGCCCAAAUGGGAAGAACACGUCCAGUGGAUGGCGCUGAACGGGAUAAAUCUGGCACUCGCCCCAGUCGCACAGGAAUCUGCGUGGGAGAAAAUUUAUACCCAACUAGGCAUGUCGCGAGAUGAAAUCAACGACCACUUCACAGGCCCUGGUUUCCUCGCUUGGCUCCGGAUGGGCAACAUGCACGGCUGGGGUGGUCCACUGUCUAAAGCGUGGCAUGACCAGCAAAAAAAGAAUCAAGAUCUAGUAGUCGACUACAUGUUCCGACUCGGUAUGGUGCCCGUUUUCCCAGCGUUCAACGGUCACGUACCGAAAGCGUUCGAGAGAAUAUACCCAAACACAACUUUCCACAAAGUAGAAACGUGGAACAAAUUUAAUAGCGACUACUGCUGUAACUUAUUCGUUGAUCCUAAAGAGCCGCUUUUUAAAACGAUCGGAAGAAUGUUUAUGACAGAAAUCACAGGAGAAACCGGCACGAGUCACAUUUAUACAGCGGAUCCUUUCAAUGAAAUCAAAGUCCAAGCGUGGUCAACAUGGUUGGUGCAAGAAACUGCGAAAUCUAUAUUUUCCACAUUGACAGAAGUCGACCCAAAUGCCGUGUGGCUCGUUCAGAACUGGAUGUUCGUUCACAAUCCUCUAUUGUGGCCAUUAAACAGAGUACAAACGUUUUUGACGUCCGUGCCCAACGGUCGGAUGCUUGUUUUGGAUUUACAGUCUGAACAAUGGCCACAGUACAACUUGUAUCAGAUGUAUUAUGGUCAACCCUUUAUUUGGUGCAUGCUGCACAAUUUCGGCGGCACGUUAGGUAUGUUUGGAAGCAUGCAAACCAUAAACAAGGAUGUUUACGAAGCGAGAUCAAAGGUGAACAGUACGAUGAUCGGUACAGGAUUGACGCCCGAGGGAAUAAAUCAGAACUAUGUAGUUUAUGAUCUUAUGCUGGAAUCUUCGUGGCGGCGGGACCCAGUUAAAGAUUUGAACGAAUGGGUGGGCGACUAUGCGGAAAGACGAUAUGGGUGCAACAAUACAGCUCGCGCAUGGAGAUAUUUACUGAAAAGUGUUUAUAACUUCGAUGGCCUCAACAGAAUAAGGGGUAAAUACGUCGUAACACGUCGGCCGAGUUUCAAAAUACAACCUUGGGCUUGGUAUAAUAGUAGCGAUCUAUUUAAAGCUUUAAGAACUCUCGUUUUUGUUGAAGACAACGCAUGCGAUUCCCCUGGUUUCCAGCACGAUCUCGUGGACGUAACAAGGCAAGCGUUACAGUACAGAGCCGAGCAACUGUAUAUGAAUUUACUAAGCGAUCGUUCAUCAAACAGUUUCAUAUUUAACUUUACCAUAAAUCGUUUCCUCGAUGCUAUGACAGACAUGGAGAAUAUAUUGGGUACGAAUACAGAUUUCACGAUAAAUAACUGGCUACAAAGUAUCAGAGAAAUGUCAGGAACUAGAUCGGAGGAUUUGUAUCUGUACGAAAUGAACGCUCGCAACCAGAUAACGCUUUGGGGACCAAAUGGCGAAAUCACAGAUUACGCGUGUAAACAAUGGGCGGAAAUCUUUCAUUACUACUAUAUACCGAGGUGGUCCACGUUCUUAAGUUUGGCUUUGGACGCAAAGAACCGGAACGAAUCCUUCGACGAGAAGAACGCCCAGCGUGUUGUGAGGUCCUCUGUCGAGGAAAGGUUCCAGACAAUGAAAAUCAACCAGUUACCCGUCAAUGAUACAAAAACAUUGGCGAUGCUACUUUAUGAGAAGUGGGCGUACGUUUCGGGUCUCGAGGAUUUACCCAUGGCGAUUAUAAGACGCGAUCCCGGAAAAAUGACCACCUUGGCCGACAUUAACGAGGAAACUGAAGAUUAUGGAGAAUUAACUCCGGCAGUUCUAUAUUCGCAGCCUACAACGCCAUUUUAAAUGUAUCCGAAUAUUUUUAUUUUAAUAAAAAGGGUUCCUAUUAAAAAGUCAAAAUUA